CGACGGGGGAAGCUGAUGUAUGGACAUAAACCGCGGCUCUUUAGGUCAUGUUGGGGACGUUGCAUAAACGAUUCAAUCAGAGGGGUCCCUUUUUCACCCCAAGGACAUGACUGAUCUGCACACCCUGUCAUGGGCACAGGGUAAUCUAGGUUGACCUAGAACAAAAAUAUUGAGUCAUUUGAAAACAUCCUCAAUAAUGUUAAGUAGUCUGUCCACGAGAGAUUAGGGACAGGGUAGCCAGCCUACAGCCUUCUUACCAUCAACAAAUCCUUGGCUUUGUGUGCCAUCACUACUGAGAGAUUUCCCAAUACAUUUCUGGUGAUUUUCGAUAUGGCCAUAUUUCAUUCUAUGUACCCGUAUAGUAAAUAGUACAAGAAUACAAGAAUCAUUACCUGUUACUUGAUUGUAUAUUUUACCCAGCAUUGCUUUCUGGUAAGUAAGUCUUGGACAAGUAAGGCUUGUUCCCAUGUCAGAACAGCCCAUACAGCAGGAGCCUACCGCCUGUUUCUGUAGCAUGAGACAGCUGGAUGUACAAGUACACAUCUAAACAGGAUGCUUGCUCUCUGGUGCUUACCUACAAAUCCCCCCUGUGACCGUCUGAAUGUGGACGUUCAAUAUUGAAUGUGCCCUGAUCAGCAGUAAAGCAUAUGUGGCCACAGGGAAGAGCCAGACUACUAAAGCCUACCUCUCCAUUGUCUCUCACUCUGAACAAAACCAGCCAGGGCCUCUUCCCCCCAUGUGGAUGAGACCGGGCUGAAGAGAGAGCAGAGAGGGGCAGCGCCUGGCUGGAUGUAAGACGUUGCUGUUUGGCUAGUGGUCAGUCAGUGGCCCUAUUUUGGUGGUUUGGUUGGAGUACUGAUGUUUUAUGAGCAUCAUUGUAAUACAGUUAGACGAUGAUGACUGAAGAGGAGACUACUUCCUGUGAUGUCAUCAUGACGGCUGUCAAAGAAGACUCACAUGAGAGGAUCUUGUCCAGACAAGACCAAGAGGAAAAACUCACUAUUACAGACUGGUAUAGUAUGUGUGUGACUCUCCAGCAUCAGGAGCUGAGGCUGUCUGAGGGCUCUUACAGGCCUCCAGGCCAAGCCCAGUCCUUCCUGGCCAAGCAGAGGCAGUCCACCCAGGCCAGGAGCAGGAGAGGCAUGGGGCUCUCUCCCAAGCUACAGCCCAGAUAGGAGGGAGAGAUGGAGGGAGAGGUCCCUCUGUUGAGGGUGGUGGGAUUGACACUGGAUGGACAAGGAACGUUGGAAGAGGAUGUUGAUGGGAUUUUUGUGGCUGUUUAAAAAAAGAUUGGAUGUUAAAAAAACAAUUUUAUUUAACAUUGGCGCCACCUGCUGGUCACAUGGUAUUGGUGUUCGUUUUUUGUCCAUCUCAGUUUGAAUCUAAAAGUUCAAGGAAUAGAUAGGACAAUAAAGGAACAUCACUAUUACAAUGUGUUGCCAAUGGAUUUUUGCGCUUGGAAUAAAAUAUCAACAUGA